AUGUCUACACAAACAACCGUCGAAAGGGCCUCCAAGCGCAAGCCGCAAGGCCGAGCCGGCGUUGUCAAUGGCAAACUCUACCUGUCUCAAGGCAUCGUGAGAGAUUUGGCCCCAGCACAUGGCUCGGGGGGGCAAUUCGAUACAAUCCCGAUCAUUGAUCUGGCUGCUAUGGUAUCGCCGGAUCCCGAGCAACGAGCUCUCGAGAAACUGGUGGCCGACAUCAAAGACGCAUGCACGCGAGUUGGGUUCUUUGUGAUCAGGAAUCAUGGCAUUGACUGGAAAAUCGUUGAGGAUGCCUUUGCGGCCGUGGAGGAGUUCUUUGGACUGCCUCUGGAGAAGAAGAUGGCUGUGCACCAGAGCAAAAGCCCGAGCUUUAUGGGAUAUGAGGAACCUUACUACACCAAUGUUGACCGACUAAAAAGAGGUGAUCUCAAGGAGUCGAUGACAACCGCAUACGAUCCUUGGACCGACGAACUGGGAAUUGGCGAUGGUGUGCCUGAGCUUCUCAUCCGCAAGAACUUAUGGCCCAGUGAGGAAGAUGCGCCCAAGUUCCGACCCGCCAUGGAGAAAUAUCGCAACGUUUGUCUCUCCUUGAUGAGGAAGUUAAUAAAGAUUCUUGCUCUGGCAAUGGGCGAGGAAGCGACAUAUUUCGACCGCAAAACCACCUAUCCGAUUGCUGGCAUUCGGGCCCUUUAUUAUCCCCCUCAAACCACUCCUGAGGACGAGGAGACCGGCUUGGGGGCUCACACCGAUGUUCAACUGAUGACGAUGAUCGCCCAAAAGCCAUACAAUGCGCGGUCACUCCAAGUGCUCAAUGCAAACGGCGAAUGGAUCCAUCCGGAGCUUGAACCACAGACGUUCGUAGUGAACCUGGGUGAUAUGGUCGCCCGACUGACGAACGACACCUUUGUCAGUACCGUGCAUCGUGUGUGCAACAAUGGGACAGAUGCCGUCGGUCGCUACUCGCUACCCUUCUUCUUUGGACUGAGCAACGACGAGCUGGUCUCAACUCGGCCGCAAUUCAUCACAGAAGAAGCCCCAUUAAAUCCGUUGUACAAGAAUCCCAUUACAGGCUAUGAGCAUUACAACAACAGGAUGCGAAUCGCGCAUCAUGAACACCCGACAGCUGAAGGCAAAUCAUCCGCUGCCCUGCCUUAUGGUAUGACGAAGAUCGACGGAGAAUUAGUUCCUGGAAUGUAGGCAAAUGAGGAUCGAAAGAUGUCACGUCACCAAUACAGCUC